GUUAUCCUGCUCCCGCGGCUGCAAAUGACCAACGGAAUGAUCGACCCAUGGCCAAUCAGUAAGGAGGGGGAAGCUGUGCUAUCCAGAACUAGGCCUUUGUGGUUACUGCCCAAGUCCAAGGAGUAGGAGAAGAGGCACUUGACAGAGUACAAAAAGAUGAUGCACUUGUCGCAGGAAGCGGGUAGGCUACUUUCCUCACGGGAUUUGGAGUGUAUAAUCUGACGGUAGCACAGAUGGGAAACGAGCCGAAAAGGAACGGCAAGAGCUAGAGCACAAGGAUGGGAUCAAGAAGGAUACUGGGAGGGUCGGGGACCAACAAAUCAUACCAAACCGCAGUAUCGCAGCUCGCAAGAAGGAAACCCGAGAGCUCUGGUGGCCGGGUGUCGCUCCCCGGUAUCGGGCAAAGGUCGAGUAGGUGUCAUUUGGCAAUAAUCUUAUGUUGGGGCCGGGAACGUUCCAGUUGGUACUGAAGCGGGCGUGCGGGAUGUGGAGGAUGGGUUAGAGAUGAGUGCAGCAAUGUACUGAUUCAAGGAGAGGGAAGUGUUCAGUGCCAUAAGAUGGCAUGUGGAUAAGAGCUUUACGGAGCUCAAGUUUUGUGGAGGAUUUCUCCCUGGGGUUCCCUUGGGGAAUAGUUGGCUGGUGGUUGGCGGUUCUGUUUCAGGAGAACGGUCUGCUUCAUCCGAGUCUGCUAGAGGUACUGAUGGCUUAUUCCAUGUUUCGAAGUAAUGUUGGAUAUGUUUUCGGCACACAUGUGGGCUGCCCUUUCUCCUGGUUUCAACUAGGCGGGUGGUUGAUUGUGCAUUAGGUUGUCGCUGGGCUACUGCUUCUGAACCUCUCCCCGGAGAAGAGUUUCACCACACUCGUUAACCUUCCCAAUUGUCCUCUACCUUUAGCUUUCUACACACAAGACGAGGGCGCCGUAAUUCACCCCCCAUCCCCGGGGUCCGCU